CCUGGGGUGCCAGGGGUCCCACUGCCACUGGUGGGAGGGCAGAGCACAGCACCUCGGUGUCCCUUUGUGUUUCUCCUCUCUGAGGGCUGGAGUAGGCCCCCAAGCCUGGGGCCACGGGCUGCUCUGAGGAGGACAGCCAGUUUGUCAAGUCAGUGGAGAACACUGGGGACUUCCCGAAGUGGUGUCGCCUGAGCUGGGCCUCAAAGGAUGGGGGGAUGGGAAGCAUCUCAGGAAGAAGAGCAGCAGUGCAGAGGUUGAGAGGUCUGGGAAGUCCCGGCGGCAGGGUGCAGAGUGAGGGUCUCCGGAGGUGGUGGUAAGGCCCCUGUUCCACCUGCUUCCUGUUGGGGCCUCAGACCCCAGCGAGGCGGUGAUCGGCUGGGCAGUGGCGCUGGUCAGGACCGCGGGCUGGAGAUUUCAGCCUGACCCGCACAGCUGGCCUCUUGGCCUCUGGGAGACAUAAUGCCAGGACUCAGAGGGGAACCGCGCAGUAAGGGCGCGGGGAAGGGGUCGGGGAUGGGAUUGGACUCCAGGGCGAGAUUCCUGUAGUAAUAGGCCGAGCUGUGCUUGGCUAACCCAGGAAAAGGGGCCCAAGAGUCCUUCAGGCAAACCUCCGCGCGACGGUGAUGGUGGGGGGCUCCCGCAGACCUUAGCCAGGCAAGAGCGGAGCUGGCCUGGGUGGUAAAGACCUUCACUCUCUUCAACUCCGGGAUGUAGCGGGGGAAGUUGGUGCAGUCAUGCGGCUCCUGAAAUGGAGAGGCUGGGACACAGGGAGGUGGCCCGGGGAGCGCGCGCCCAGCCACCCCAGGUCAGUCCGGAACGAGCUCUAGACAACAGCGGGAGAAGGGCUCGGGGCGGCGGCCGGGCAGGGAGCGGUCCCGGGGCCCUCGGCUACCCGCCCAGGCCAGCGGUUUCCCUAACUCCAGCUGCCGGGGGCGCCUGUGAUUGGCUAAGGGCCGAUGGACGGCGCGCGGAUUGGCUGUUCGGGGAUCAGGGGCCGGGCCCGCGGGGCAGAGUCCGCCCCCGAACCUUCAAAUAGGAAGCCCCCGAUAGGCUCCCGCAGAUCCGAGGCUGUGCUGCAGACUGCUGGGGCCGGGGACAGGAGGCGGUGAGCCGAGCGCCGGGGCGCAGAGGCACCAGGGCCCGUUCAGGGCGCCAAGCCGCUCCACCGAGGCACCGCCGCGCCCCGCCCGGAGGCUCGGGGCCGUCGGGCGCCCGUCUCGCCUCCAGCCAUGGGGUCGGCGGCGCUGGAGAUCCUCGGCCUGGUGCUGUGCCUGGUGGGCUGGGUGGGCCUGAUCCUGGCGUGCGGGUUGCCCAUGUGGCAGGUGACUGCCUUCCUGGACCACAACAUCGUGACGGCGCAGACCACCUGGAAGGGGCUGUGGAUGUCGUGCGUGGUGCAGAGCACCGGGCACAUGCAGUGCAAGGUGUACGACUCGGUGCUGGCGCUGAGCACCGAGGUGCAGGCGGCGCGGGCGCUCACCGUGGGCGCAGUGCUGCUGGCCCUCGUCGCGCUCUUCGUGACCCUGGCGGGCGCUCAGUGCACCACCUGCGUGGCCCCCGGCCCGGCCAAGGCGCGGGUGGCCCUCACGGGCGGCGCGCUCUACGCACUCUGCGGGCUGCUGGCGCUCGUGCCGCUCUGCUGGUUCGCCAACAUCGUGGUCCGCGAGUUCUACGACCCGACGGUGCCCAUGUCGCAGAAGUAUGAGCUGGGCGCGGCGCUGUACAUCGGCUGGGCGGCUUCCGCGCUGCUCAUGUGCGGCGGCGGCCUCGUGUGCUGCGGCGCCUGGGUCUGCGCUGGCCGCCCCGACUUCAGCUUCCCAGUCAAGUACUCCGCGUCGCGGCGGCCCACGGCCACCGGCGACUAUGACAAGAAGAACUACGUCUGAGGGCGCCAGACUCGGCGGGGCCCCUCGCGCUAGCCACUCCCACGAGCCGGACGACUGGCUAGGGAAGCCCCGCAUGCACGGAGGAACGGCCGGCUCUGUGCCUGGACGUGGCGCACCGACUGACUUGAGACCCUGCUCGCGCCCGCAGCCCGUUCUCUCCAAUAGCCACUAGCCGGGCCCUGGGCCGCGCCCUGCCCUGAACAGGAGCCACGCACUUGGGAGAACUUGCUGGGUUUCUUUUUCUGUGCGCAGAGCUUGCUCCGAUGUGGGUGGGGCGCGUGUCCCUUUGGCUGAGUGGACAAUGGACUGAAACGCCAAUUCCCUCCUGGACCCUCAGGGUUUUGGAUGCCGUCAUCCUCCCCAGCGGCUCCAGCUGAUUCCAGCGGGGCAGACCGAGAGCCCAGGGGUCCCAACCUGGGCUGCCAGAGGGAUGUAUACAGCUGGCCUUUACCGCAUCAGUGGGGCCUGAGCCCAGGGGGACUAAAAGACUUGGCCUGGACCUCCCUGCCUCACCCCAGCAGCUCCCCAGGAGAUGCUUAUGGGCACCAGAUCCUGAGUGUGGAGCUGGGGCCCUGCCCUCCUUUGCAGCUUGUGGGGAGGGUAAGAGUUUGCUUAGUAAAUGGUUUGAAUACCCUCC